UCUUUAUUAAAGAAAGCCGCUUUCUUUUUGAAUUCAAAAUCCAACAUCCCCAAACUCAUCACAUUACAUAAAUACACAAACAUCAAACCCAAUUCUGAGUUCUCCUCUCUCACACACCAUACUCAUAAUGUUCUUUCUUGCUUCUCCGGUGAUUCCACCCAAAUACCCAAUUCUUCCUUUGCCCACACUCAAAGAACAGAGCCUCCACAGAGCCCCCCUAGCUACCUCAUACUAAACCCAGAACCCAUCCUCUGCUUUUUAGCAAAUUUCCCAAAAGACUCAACUUCUGUAAAAUGUCGUCGCUCUCGCCGCCAAUUCUGCCGGUGGAGGUUUACCCGAACACCGUCGCGAGUCGACCGCCGUCCAGCCACUCCAGCGGAUCCUUCGGGGCGGUGUUCAUAGUCCUGGCCGUGAUAGUCGUGGUCUCCGCCGUCGCCUGCUGUCUCGGCCGCCUCUGUAACCGGCGGUUCCAGAAUCCGGCGAAGCAGAGCCACGCCCCUCGCCCCAGACCAGGAGAACGAGAGCGGCCGGAGUUCAAUCCCCGCCCCAAACAGAAGGACCCGGAAUUCAUUUUCCGCCCCAAGGAGAGAAACCAGGGCCACCCGGAAUUCGCCUUUCGCCCCAAGGAAAGUGACCUGGAAUUCGGGUUCGAGAGGGGAAAUCCAAUGCCGGGCGCCAAACAGCCCGGAAAUGGAGAAACCAAAGGAUCCAGGCGAUUCGAGAAUGUUGAUUUCAGAUUUGAUCCGAAGCAUGGGUACGAGGGGGAGUUUCAAGGCCGUGCGUGAAGGCAGAGCACCGGGAGCUUCUUGAUCGGCAGAUCGCGUGUUCUGCUUGGAAACUUAGUUUUAUUUGAAAAUUAUUCUGUUUUCAUUGAUUUCUGUUCUGUUCUUUUGCAAUUCUGAAAUUGGACAUGGAUCUAGGGCCAUGUAAGUAUACAAGGGAUCAUGGAAUGCAAUAUUGUGUUGCUUUAUCAGAAGAAAGUGAUAGAUUAAGGAGAGAAUCCUUAGCAGUUGAUCGAAGAAGGAUGCAGUAGAUCGAAGAAGGAUGACUUGAAAUUCCCUGACAUGUUCUUGUCUUAGACCUCAGUGGGAAAAAAAAAACCUCAUGUAUCUUUGGAAAAUUUAACAGUACACACCUUCGUGUAUUAUUCAUGCUUUACGUGGGUAAUUAGAUUUUGAAAUUAAUCAAGAUUGAAAGAUUGGGUAUAACAUAUUCUUUCUCAGUGCUCAAAAUUGUACUAAGUUUGAUUUGAAUUUGUAUAAUCUAAUAUAAUCUUUAAUUUGCAUUUGUAUUAAA